CAGGAAAUGCGGUUUCUUUCUCCCUUCUCGCUAGAUAGAGCGAACGCUGGGAAGUUUCUGAGAAGUACUCAAGCUAACUCGAUAUUGGCGGGGUUCCACGUCCCCUUUCAAGUGAUAAUAGACUCCGCCUUCCUCCAGGUUCAUUCGAGGAGAAAGGAAAAGGUUGGGGUGGAGGCGAAAAGAAGCCCUGUUAUGGUCAACUAGCCAUUAGCUCCGCCUCAGGAAACAGCAGACUUUGUGCGCCAGAGCAUAAAACAUAUUUCUUGCAGGAACGUGCAAAGAUUUAGAAAUGGCCUUCAGUGGAGUCACUUGUGCGGGCGAGAGGUCGGGACGGGCGUUUUCCCCUAAGCAGGCGCCCAGCGCAAUUGGGGGCGUUGGUGACUGGAGCUAUUAUCCAGCCGCGCUGUUAGCUGCCGGACCUCCAGGACUCGAAGAGCACCAGACCUGAGUUCUCUGGUUUGAGUUUCCCACAAAAAUGCGGUCAGACCAAAAACUCUUGUUCUACAGAUACGAAAACAGCCCCGAAACUUUUUUUCUCCCACACGCUCACUCUCCUCUCCUCCUCCCUCCGCAUUUUGUGCUUUGCUUCACGAGUGACAUAUUCGAUUAGAAUGCCAACUCUGCAAAAUCCCAGGACCUAAAGACAACUGAAGUCCUCAGGAGACAGAAGACGAAAACAUCGCAACCUCUACUGCACGUCCCUAUUUUCCCCAAGCUUUAAAAAAAAACAAAAAAAAAAACCCUGCCGUCGCCGCGCGAUGCAUGCUAGGAUGAGUAGUUCCCCCAACCAGCGAAGCGCACGGUCACAGCGGAGCUCCGCUUGAGUCCCCUGCAGAGAACUACAAUCCCCGUGGUGCCCUGCGGCAGAGUGGACGGGACCGGACGGGAGAGGGCGCUUCGCGCUUGCGCAGGUCGAGGACUUGGAGAGAGGCGGAGGCGCAGUGGUCCAACUACUGAAGAGUCUCCAUGUGACAGUGAGCGGGGUCCCAGCUGCAGGCGCCGCCCGGCUCUAGCUCCCGACCCCAAGCCCUGUCCACUGACCCGGCGCCUGCAGACACCAGCAGGCCGGGGACAGUUGGUGUUGGGCCGUGCCUUCGGAGGACUUGAGGUGCAGAGGGAACUGCCGCCGCCGGGCAGGUGCCUGAGGGACCCGCCGAGAGCCCGGCGUCUGCGGGGAGAGACGGAGCGGACUUUCUGUCGGCGCCGGCGCCCCUGAGCGCCCAGGCAUGAACGGCUUCACGCCGGAGGAGAUGAGCCGCGGCGGGGACGCGGCCGCCGCAGUAGCCGCCGUGGUCGCUGCUGCCGCCGCCGCCGCCGCCGCCGCCGCUUCGGCGGCGGGGAACGGGGCCGGGGCGGGGGCCGGGGCUGAGGUACCCGGCGCCGGGGCGGUCUCCGCGGCCGGGGCCCCGGGAGCGGCCGGGCCGGGCCCGGGACAGCUGUGCUGUCUGCGGGAGGACGGUGAGCGGUGCGGCCGGGCAGCGGGCAACGCCAGCUUCAGCAAGAGGAUCCAGAAGAGCAUCUCCCAGAAGAAGGUGAAGAUCGAGCUGGAUAAGAGCGCAAGGCAUCUUUACAUUUGUGAUUAUCAUAAAAACUUAAUUCAGAGUGUUCGAAACAGAAGAAAGAGAAAAGGGAGUGAUGAUGAUGGAGGAGAUUCACCUGUUCAAGAUAUUGAUACUCCAGAGGUUGAUUUAUACCAAUUACAAGUAAAUACACUUAGGAGAUACAAAAGACACUUCAAACUACCAACCAGACCAGGACUCAAUAAAGCACAGCUUGUUGAGGUGAAUAAAGUACAAAGAAUGAGUGGGAGGACUUGCCCACAGGAGCAACAAAGACUAAGAAGACCUCUUGUGGAACCGUGGUUUAUAUUGCUCCAGAGACCAUCUGUCUCUUUGAGGCGGCUUCUGGAGCCUCCCAAAGUAAAACUUUUAUAUGUGGCUUCAAUCCUUCUGGAGUCACUGAGGGUGGUUGUGUGGGGAGAAGAGGAGCUGGUUUCAAACUUCACAGGUCCCUCCCAGGAGAGAGUGAAACUUAUGAAAGCAGACUCUACUGUGGAGUCUCCAGUGAGGCCCUUGAGGAGACAGCAGAAUUAUCAAGGAGCUAUUGUGUAAGCUGUUGAGCAGAUGCUGCUACAACUACAGGGAGAGAACUGCGUCUGAGAGGCAUUCGUCCUGGAAUGCAGUUCCAAAGGUAUGGUGCACUUGGGAACUCCUAGGAUUCCCAGACAGGCAGCCAUGGCUAUGAUGGGGAUCGUAGAGGCAGUCUUCUUGCUCAGAAACUUUUAGUCAGAAUGGCAAAUGCAAGACCUCUUUUGCCUCGGCAUAGAGAGUAAGGCACCCAUGGGCAGUGCUGGACUUUUUCACAGCAUUUAUACAUAGAGGUUGUAAGUACCCUGAAUAACAUGAUCUUUAAAUAUGACAGAAAUAAAGUCAGAAAAAUGAACAUCAGGAGAGAAGCAUGUCAAGGGAAAUUAUCUAGUUUUAGGAGCCCAUGGAAUAUUUAGAUUAAAUGAUAAUGUUAACAUGAAAAUAAACUUUGUCAGAAAAAAUUGGACAAGAAGGAACUUGAAACUAACCACAUUAGUUUCCUGGCAGUCUAAAAGAGGCAUUGGACUGACAGCAAAUAGAAUCGUGGCCCAGAUCCCAACAAUAAUUUUGUGGUUUAUUGGAAACAACCCACUUAUCUAACCUAGAAAGAUCAAGAGAUUAAGUGUGCCUGUGUGUGUUCUUUUGUAGAUCCUGAGGUAUUGCCCUUAGUUUCCCAAGGUUGUUUCACAGGAAAAAGCAUCUGAUUGGUUUGUAAUGAUAACAGUAAUAGCAAUGAUACAAGUAAUAAUAAUGACAUUGCCAAGUGUGCUAAACACUUUAGAAAUGUUGGCUCAUUUAAUCCAAGCAACACUCUUUUAUGAGGUAAUUUUUCAGAUGGGGGAACUGAGGCUCAAAAAGAUUAGGCAACUUGGCCAAGAUCACACAGCUGGUAAGUAGUAGAGGGGAAACUGGAAAGCAAGACAAAACUGUGCUCUUAGCCGAUUACCUGAAUAAAUAGUAAAAGGAGUAGAAUGAAGGAUUGGAGAAUCCAAAAUAACAAUACUAUUCAAAAUGUUCGUAGCCCAUAAUUUGAGUGUAAAUGAACCGUACAUACUCUCUGUGACUCGGAGAGCAAUCACUCUCUUAAUGUGCCUCCUCAAUCUAUUUUAAUUGUUAAUACUCGGCUUGAAAAAUUCUUCCUUGGGCAUGUAAAUUUAAAUUAGCUAAAUAGAGUCUCCUACAAAGUCACAUAUGGAAAACUGCCAAAAUGUCAGUCCUUUGGAUAGAGUUUCUUUUUCUUUUAUCUAUCUAUCUAUCUAUCUAUCUAUUUUUACUCUCCUUUUUGGCUGA